CUCUCUCUCUCUUUCUCUACACACAUUCGCGACUGCACUGCGCUUGUGGAUUCUGAGCUGUGUUGCUCACGUACAGCAGAGGAGCUGGAUCCUGAACUUGUGGCUAUUGCCGGCCACAGCAUAGGACACCAAUGUGGUGACAUGGUGUCAACACACUGGCAUCUCGAGUUCCCUGCACACAUGCAACCAAGGCCCAUUGCAGACUCCAGGCUCACUCAGAGCUGCCAUUCCCAUUUCUGCUGUGCCCAGAUGUACCCUGCCAACCCUCCUUUGCCGGAUGAAUUCCAUCCCUUCAUUGAAGCACUAUUGCCCCACGUCCGAGCCUUCGCGUACACAUGGUUCAACCUGCAAGCCAGGAAGCGAAAAUACUUCAAGAAGCACGAGAAACGUAUGUCCAAGGAAGAAGAGCGAGCCGUGAAGGACGAGUUACUGAGCGAGAAGCAGGAGGUGAAACAGAAAUGGGCGUCCAGGCUCCUGGCCAAGCUCCGCAAGGACAUUCGGCCUGAGUACCGGGAGGAUUUUGUCCUCACCGUCACCGGCAAGAAACCCCCUUGCUGCGUCCUGUCCAACCCGGACCAGAAGGGUAAAAUGCGCCGCAUCGAUUGCUUGCGCCAAGCAGACAAGGUGUGGAGGCUAGACCUGGUUAUGGUGAUUUUAUUCAAAGGUAUUCCGCUGGAAAGUACUGACGGGGAGCGGCUGGUGAAAUCCUCACAGUGCUCGAACCACGGGCUGUGCGUACAACCGCAUCACAUAGGAGUUUCGGUCAAGGAACUCGAUUUGUACUUGGCGUACUUCGUGCAAGCUUCGGAUUCAGGUCAGUCUGAAAGUCCCAGCCAGGGAAGCGAGGAUAUCAAGGACCAGCCAGAAAAUGGACAUUUGGGCUUCCAAGACAGUUUUGUCACAUCAGGCGUGUUCAGUGUCACUGAGCUCGUGAGAGUGUCACAAACACCGAUAGCCGCUGGGACCGGCCCGAAUUUUUCCCUCACGGAUCUGGAGGGUUCUUCGUAUUAUACAAUGAGUCCUGGAGCCAUGAGGAGAUCUCUUCCCAGCACAUCUUCAAGCAGUUCUACAAAACGCCACAAAUCUAUGGAAGAUGAAAUGGACAGCCCUGGAGAAGAGCCUUUUUAUACCAACCAAGGCCGAUCCCCAGGGAGUGGAAGCCAGUCUAGCGGUUGGCACGAGGUGGAACCAGAUGUGAAAAUGUGUUCCUUUAGUGAUCUCACACACUCCAGAAUCACCCACCUGAAGUCGGCAGAUUUGCAUUCAAGAAUGCCAUCGCCUACUACAUUAAAGAAGUCAGAGAAGUCUGGUUUCAGCAGCCCCACGCCAUCGCUGAGCUCUUCCCCUCGAACAGCUUUUACACAUCACCAUCGUCCAGUGAUUACAACACCCAGAGCGAGUCCCCAUGCAGCAUCCUCAACUCUACAUUUCCCAACGUCUCCCAUCAUCCAACAGCCAGGCCCGUACUUCUCCCACACAGCCAUCCGCUAUCAUCCACAUCCCAGUCAGGAAUCUCUGAAGGAAUUUGUCCAGCUUGUGUGCCCUGAUACCAGUCAGCAAUCCGGACAAGUGGGCUUCCUAAACCCCAAUGGAAGCAGCCAAGGCAAAGUCCACAAUCCAUUCCUCCCCACCCCAAUGUUGCCCCCCCCACCGCCCCCGCCAAUGGCUCGGCCCGUGCCCCUGCCAGUGCCAGAUACAAAACCCAGCACCACAUCCACAGACGGAGGAGCUGCUUCGCCCGCUUCGCCCACCUACUCGACGCCCAGCACCUCCCCUGCAAACCGAUUCGUGAGUGUUGGACCACGGGAUCCUAACUUUGUAAAUAUCCCUCAACAGCCACAGUCUUGGUACCUGGGAUAAAGUCCAUAGUUUCCCGCCAUCCAGCAAACAGAUCACCCAAGUCCUUCCCAACUCUGUAACGUGGGAGCAAGACUUCGUCACUUCAAGCUGUGUGUGUGGGGAAAGUGGGGGGGUUGGGGGUGGGGGGAGGGGGAGAGGGGAGAUCAAUAGAAUUCCAACACAAGAAAAGCGACAUGAAAACAGCGAUGACUAAAGACUGAAAAACGAAGAUCACGACAAUGGAUUUGCUCAGAAUCAAUCGGUGGCACUCGUUCUGUUUGGCACCGUGCGACUGAUUAAGGAUCUGGUACUGAGAUGAUUGAAAUACGUAGAAAUAUGUUUAGCAACUCCUAAAGUGUCUUGUUGGUACACGAUACCAAGACUGGUGUCUGAGCACAGGACAGAUAUAGUCUCCCUCUCUCCUCAACCCCCACCCUCCCCAUUUACCCAUUGCCUAAUGAUUAAGCACUUAAUGUCAAACAAUCUUGGUCCGACUAUAAAACUCUGAGCAUCUAAAUUACCAGCGAAAAGAUAGCGAAACACACAUAUUUUUUGAAGUUCGUAGCUAAACCCUCGGAGAUAUAAAAUACGAUUAAACCAUGGACAUAGCUGGAGCAUAUCACAAAAUAAUAGCCUUUGAUUUAAACCCCUUUCCCUCUCCACCCCGAGCUCCCCAACUCCAAAACUUAGAUUAAAAUGCUAACCCACUGCUAAUGUUAGCACCGCACUCAGUGUUAUAUCACGCUGAUGGGUUAACCCCUUCCCUCCCCACCUCCCCUUCACCAUCACCCCGCCGCCCAAACAAAAACAAAAAAUGUCCAAACAUCUCGCGGAAAUCAAACGUUUAUAAAAAAAAUGCUGCACUCACGCUGUUCGUUUUGUUCAGUCUCUUAAAACGACGAGAGAGAGAAAUAUUAGAAGAAGAUAGAAAGCGUGCGAAAGAGAGAGAGAGAGAUAGAUAGAUAGAGAGAGAGAGAGAGGAAUCCAUAUAAGCUGGGAAGGAUGGUCUGUUUUGAUUGAAAUAGAUGAAAAUCGAUCAUUAAUUUGAUUCAUUAAUUGAGUAAAGUGCAAUUUUAUUGGAAUAGUUAAAUAUCUUUGUAUGAUAGAGAUUGUUGAAAACAAAAAUCCUAUAUUCCUUUUUUUUUUCCAAGUCCUCCCAUCCCUGGACUCUAAACUGUUUGGGGUGAAAA